CUGUGUUUAUUCUCUCGCGCGGUUAUUUACUGGUCAGUGUUGUGUUCUUCUCAAACUCAGCUCUUUACAGAGCCUCGCGUUUUCUCUGCAAAAGCUGCCAUUUCUGCAAAAGCUGCCAGUUUUAUUAUUAUUAUUUAUUUUAUUAUUUUUUAAAAUCCUCUUGAAGACUAACUUCGCUAAGAGUGACCCAUGGAUUUUCUGGGGUUGUUGUGCGCGCUGUUGAGCGUCCUGUGCGUCCUGUGCGUGUCCGCGGAGCGCCACAGCGUCUACUGGAACAGCAGCAAUCCAAACUUUAUAGGUGACGAGUACACAGUGAACGUGCGCAUCAACGACUACCUGGACAUCGUCUGCCCGCACUACAAGCGUGGCGAGGUCCCGUCCCAGCAGGCCGAGCGCUACGUCCUCUACAUGGUGGACUUUGAGGACUACGAGGUGUGCAAGCCGCACUCGUUCGAUCAGCUGCGCUGGGAGUGUUCCAGGCCCUUCGCCGCCCACGCGCCUGAGAAGUUCUCCGAAAAGUUCCAACGCUUCACACCUUUCACACUGGGCAAGGAGUUCCGCCAAGGAGAGAGCUACUACUACAUCUCCAAGCCUCUGCACCAGCAUGGGAGCGACUGCCUGCGGCUAAAGGUCGACGUAGUCGGACCUCAUGGUUCCAAAAACCACAAGAAGACGACAGAGAAAGAGGAGGAGACGGAAGGAGGAAAGCACGGACGGACGGGCGCAGGAGGAGCGCACAACCCGUCCAACAGGCUUCCGGCAGAUGAUCCUAUUGUUAUGAUCCCAGUUGUCGAGAGGAGCGUAGGCAGCUCCGCCGUCCACGUCACAGCACUCUCCUUCUUCGUCACGCUCGUUCCCGUCUUCCUCCUGCUCUUACACUGAGAUGAGCGUCAUCUUCCCUGGUCGUGAAGACCUGCCGAUGAACAGACUUUUUACCAGUGCUGGUCGCCGGAUCUGAUUUUAUACACGGAUGUUUUUUUAUAUGUGAAAUGAUGUGAAGCAUGGGUGCUGGUGUGUAAGUUGUUGAGUGACGUGCUUGUGUUUGUGCGAGUGAUUUUUAAAAAAAAAAAAUUUUUUUUUUGCUCUCCUCUUUGUUUUUAAAGAGGAAGAUUAUUACCUGACAGCGUUCCCUAUUUGUUUGUUUGAGGUUUUUUUUUUUUUUUUACAUUACUUUUGUAGUCUGUGUAAAGAGCACAGAUUGGACGCCUUCUUUAAGCAGUAGCUGGAAGAUCUUCAUGGACCCUAUGUGUAACUGCAUUUUUUUUUAUUUUAGUUUUUAUUAGUGUCAUAUAUGCAGUAUGUAUUUUUAAAAAAAUGAUAAGUUCUCAAAACGUGAGCCAAAAAAUAUGCUGAUCUUCUCAAAUAUGUCCUGCUUAUUGGACCUCAGAGGAAAAUACUCGUGCAUGUCGUCACGUAUGUGCAACCUGAAAUGUAGCCAUUUGCUAGUGUUUUGUCACGUGUACUAUUUUUUUUGUUGUUGUUGUUUUUUUGCCUCAAAGCCUACAGGGUGGUUUAUGUAAUGAAGCACUAUAUAUAAUUUGACAGACACUAAUUCUGUUUUAUACAGGCAAACUGACAUAAAUGUACAUAUACACAGAUGUGCAGUUGUGCUGAGUGUGCGUGCGUGUGAGUGUGUGUGUGUGAGAGAGAGAGAGAGGAGCUGGUCUUCUCUGACAUUAGAACAUGCUCAGUACAACUGUACACACACACACACUCAUGGACAGGGAUGUGUGGAGCUCUCCAAGUUCACAAGACAAGCUGUGUUUUCUUUAUUUCUGUGGAUCUGUAAAUAAUUGUGUAAAAAAAAAAAAAGUGUACAGAGAGUUAUAUAAUGCCUUUGUUAAUUAUGAAAAUGUGCAAAAUUGUGAAAGAAAAUAAAAAAAAAUUGUGAUACGUAAAGGAAAAAAAAAACAGUUGUGU